AUACCACAAUACCAGGGAAGGAGAGAGGGAGUGAGGGUGAGGGUGAAUGAGAGUGACACCUCAGCCGAACUGUGUGUUUAGAGCUCUGCAAUCCCAGAGACAAGCACAGCUGAUGUGUGGAUUACCACAGCAAUUCUCACUGGAGCUGUUUUUGGAAAAUGGUGGGCUUCUCUUCCUCUUCAGCUGUUGAAGCCGCGAUGGAGUACCUGGUGAGUGAACUGAAUGUGUUGCUGAAGCUGCUGGACCAUGAGAGUGUGAGCACAGCCACAGCAGAGAAGAUGAGUGUGAUCCGGAGCCUACUGGGGCAGCUGCAGCCAUCAGUGAAUGGAUCAGACUUCGUAUACAUGAACACUUCCCUUUAUGGAAAUGGCACCAGCUUUGUGGAAUCUUUGUUUGAGGAAUUGGAUUGUGACCUGCAUGAGCUCAGAGCCUCCCCAGAAGAACUGAAGGAUCAGGUAGAGGAGAAAACCUCCAAAAUACCGCCAUCGAAAAGUCCCACUGACACCCCCCCUCCUCUGCCAACCACCCCUCCACCAGAGGACUACUAUGAGGAGGCAGUGCCCCUGGACCCUGGCACGGUGCCCCAGUACAUCACCAACAUCGCCACAUGCAUCAGCUCAAGUCCCCCAAAUUCCAUUGAAGAUGCAUACUACGAAGACGCUGACAACAACUACCCCACCACCCGAAUCAAUGGCCCGCGCAAGAACUCCUAUGCUGAUUCAGAUGCGCUGAGCAGCUCCUAUGAGUCGUAUGAUGAAGAGGAUGAGGAGGCGAAGGGCCAGGACAGGACUCGGCGGUGGCAGUCAGAGGAGAACUCUGUGGGCCCCAUGAAGGACUGUCGCAUCUGUGCCUUCCUGCUGCGCAAGAAACGCUUCGGACAGUGGGCAAAACAGCUGACCGUUGUCCGUGACAACAGAUUACAGUGCUACAAGAGCAUCAAAGACAGCAGCCCACACAUUGAGCUGCCGCUGAACCUGUGUAACGUCAUCUACAUCCCCAAAGAGGCACGCCGCAAGAAGCAUAAGCUGCGUUUCUCCCUGCCUGGGGGAGAGGCCUUGGUGCUGGCUGUCCAGAGCAAGGAACAGGCGGAGCGAUGGCUCAAGGUGAUCCGGGAGGUGGUCAGUCAGGCCAGCAGCAAUGAUGGAUUAGAGGGCUCCUCCUCUCCUAUGAUCCAGAGGAAGAAAGAUCUGGACAAGUUACUAGGAGCUGACAAGCACACCUCCGACUCUGACAGCGUGGCCACUGGUGACAACCUGCCUUCUGGUCAGCUCCGGGACAACUGUGACCAAGGGAAGGGGAAGAGGGGGGCAUUUACAGAGCUGACAGGAUCUAUGAGCAGAGCGGCUGGACGGAAGAUCAACAGGAUUAUCAGUUUCUCUAAGAAGAAGCCUCCUCUCCCAGGAGACACUCUGACCUCUUCCUACCGUGACGACAAUCCCCGCUGUGGUUAUCUGAAUGUGCUUGUGAACCAAUGCUGGAGGGAGAGAUGGUGCUGUGUAAAGGGUGGAACACUGUACCUGCACAAAGAAAGGGGUGACCUGCGUACUCACGUCAGCGCUGUGGUCCUCCAUGGGGCUGAGGUCGUACCUGGACUGGGGCCCAAGCACCCCUUCGCUUUCCGCAUCCUGCAAGGAGGCAACGAGGUGGCUGCAUUGGAGGCCAGCUGUUCAGAGGAGAUGGGUCGCUGGCUGGGGGUCCUGCUGGCAGAGUCUGGCUGCGCCACCACCCCAGAGGCCCUGCACUACGACUAUGUGGACGUGGACACCAUCACUAACAUCACAGACGCAGCAAGACACUCCUUCCUUUGGGCUACCUCCUCCAGUGGCGCCUCCACAGACACCAGAACCUAUGAUGAGGUUCCUUAUGAGGGUGUAUUGCAGCCAGAGGAGCCAGUACCCAGACCAGGAGCUCAGGUGAAACGCCACUCUUCUUUCUCCAGCAGCAGAGAGAUAGAGAAGGCGGAUUCCUUAGUCACCAUAAAGAGACACGGCUCCAGUAAGUCCCCCGAAGAUGUGAAUCAGUAUGUAUCAGGGAAGUAUGGCAAAACACGAGCCGAGGAGGAUGCCAGAAGGUACCUGAAAGAGAAAGAACAGAUGGAGAAGGAGCGAGAGGUCAUAAAAAAUGCCCUACUCAUAUUACGCAAUGAUAGGAAAGAGGUGAAGGAACAACUGAAGGAUGUUACAGGUAAGCAGCAAAAGCAGCUAGAGAAGCGUUUGGCCCAGCUGGAGGAAAGCUGCAGGGGGAAGGAGGGGGAGCGGGUGGACCUGGAGCUGCGUCUCAAUGAGGUGAAGGAGAACCUAAAGAAGUCCCUGGCUGGAGGGGUGCUGGGGCCGCUCACAGAGAGCAACCCCCCCACUAGCAAACCACCCAGAAAGGUCCGCAUCAGUAAAGUGGACAACACAUACACUGAGGCAUCCAUGCCAGUCAACUGUGCUGCGGAGAUGCGGAAGUGCCCCCCAUCCAUCUGUUCAUCUAGCAAGGGGAACGUCAUGCAGAAAGCCAAGGAAUGGGAGUCCAAAAAGGGGACUUAGAGAGACACUGCUCAUUCAGAUGGUCAGUCAAAUGCUUGUUGUCUUGGAACAUGUUGGAGCUGAUUUGGAAAAGGAGGAGGGGUGAAGCAGGGACUCCAUUUUCUACUUUUCCACUUCCCUCUUGAGAGCCAAAUAUUUACUGCCCAUCGCUGAGCUGAGAAAAUUGUGACAGGGGAAGACAACUCUGGAAUUGUUGAAAAACAUAAUUCAAAGCCCUAUCAGUCACUAGGAAUCACUGAAUGCUCAUUCUGUGGCAUGACACUUGUUUUGUGAUCCAGUAAUUGCUUGUGUUGCAUGUGGUAUUGUUGUUCCUUCAGAGUGUGGAAGAGGAUAUGUUAUGAGGACUCCAUGUGGACACAUCAGGCUGGACUUGAGAUGUUGAGAGGAGAGAUUUUUAGAGGGUGAAUAUGCAUACACAUUAUGCACAUAUCUGCAAGAAUAGAUAAUAAAGGGAAAGAGAAUAUUGUAUUGACUGUGAGAGUUUGUUGUUGGAAUAGUUGCCUAAAAGAGAUACUGUAUCCCAUAGAAAUACCGUUUUAUGCUGUAUCCACUAUGUAAGUCAUUUCAAAACAUGCACUUUCAUGAAGUGCAUCAAACAUUAUUCCAGAUCUUGUUUUAAACAACUUGCUGGACCACAGACAGAAAAACAGACACAUUAUGACACCUGUAUAAAUGAAUUGUUAUGGAAAUGUGAGACUAAUUAUGUGACUAUACAAUGAUGUUUCCUUAUUACGUAAUUCACUCACUGUAAUGAGCCUUUUACUUCUAAUGACUUGUGCACUUUACUUUAUUUCUAUGUGUAUUGUACAUAAAAGCUCUUCAAUGAAA